UUUUGUCAUUUUUAAUAUUUCCUAACAAAUUUCAUUUUCAACCACAUGCCAUCAAGCUAGAAACUUUGCUAAUAUUUUCCAUGGAAAAAUAUAUCUUCUUUUUUAUCAAAGAUAUUUUGGUUUUUUUUUUCUUUUCUAAAUGCUAAAAACUAUAGUAGUACUAUUUAAUAUCUUCACUUGGUUUGUUCUAUUUUUUUUAGUUUUCUCAGAAAGUAUGAAAAAUACCAAAGAAAUUUUCUUGUUUUAAGCAUUGUGAAGGAAUCUUAUAUUAUUUUUCUUGGAAAAAAUUCUAUUUUUUUUUCUUCUUCUUAUCUUAGUUUAUUUAUAAAAGUCAAGGUUUUGAUAUUUCAUUUGGACUGUAUGAUGGAGCUGAAAUUAAUUGAUGUUAAGUCAAUGUCCAUGUGUAAAUCAGUUGGUAUUGAGGGGUUUAUGAAGUUUUCUAGCUCAUUUCUUGAUUCAAACCUCAUGUUUGGUGUUAAUGUGGCUCCAAAUUUCUGUUCUUACAGAGGGCUGUUAACAAAGGCUUCUUAUUCAAGCACUUCUUAUGAUGCUUCAAGAUCAGUAAGCAAGAAGGAUUUAUUAGAGGACACUUUCUCUUAUAAGAUAAACGGUACAAACCAUACGAGUUUGUAUUUUCGAGAUAAUUGGUUGCUUGAUGCUUCUGACGAUGAAUAUGGAGGAGUACUCGUCAAUGCAGAUAGGCUACCAUCUGAUCGCGACAAAUUCACCUUUGUUCUUCGUGCAUCUCUCUCUCAUUGGAAAGUGAAGGGGAAGAAGGGAGUUUGGCUUAAGCUACCACUAGAAAAAUGUGAUCUAGUUCCUGUUGCAGUAAAGGAAGGAUUUCAAUACCAUCAUGCAGAAAGAGGAUAUGUUAUGAUGACAUAUUGGAUUCCGGAGGAACCUUGUCUGCUUCCUUCGAAUGCAUCACAUCAAGUUGGAGUUGGGGGUUUUGUGAUCAACGACAAAGAUGAGGUGCUUGUCGUGCAAGAGAAACAUUUUACGCCGGCUCUUUCAGGCUUAUGGAAAAUACCAACUGGUUUUAUUCAUGAGUCCGAGGAGAUCUUUACAGGAAUUGUGAGAGAAGUGCAGGAGGAAACUGGUAUUGAUACUGAAUUUGUGGAGGUUAUGGCUUUCAGGCAUGUUCACGAUGUGGCCUUUCAAAAGUCGGAUUUGUUCUUCAUCUGCCUGUUAAGACCCCUGUCAAAACAGAUCAUGGUUGAUAAUCUAGAAAUUCAGGAUGCUAAGUGGAUGCCUCUAGUUGAGUUUGUGGAGCAACCUCUAAUCCAAGAAGACGACAUGUUCAAGAAAAUAAUCGACAUUUUCAUCGCUAGACUAGGGAAGCGCUACUGCGGAUUGUCUGUCCAUCAACUGGUUUCCAAAUUUGAUGACAAACUUUCUACAUUGUAUUUUAACACUGUUGAUGAUCCAAAUUUGAACUGUCAAGCCAGUUAGCAUCACAAAUCAGUAUUGUCUUGUGUAUAUGUGUAAUCUAUAGGUUAUGGAUUCUGUAAAUAUACUUAUAAAUUAUUCAAAAGAACUUGUUAUAGAGGAGGUAACUUUCACAUGA